AUGAUUGGCAUCGGCGUAGGCGACAUCAUCAAGCUGACAGAGCACGCCUGGGCGCUAUACAAGGGGUACAAGGAGUCGUCCGCCGACUUUGCGCAGCUCGCGACCGAGCUGCAGUCGCUGUACGUGGUGCUCGCCGAGAUCUCGGACUUUAUGCGAGAAAACGAUCAUGAUGAUGGCGACAACGGCGGAGAGAAUGUCCUCGAGGCGUCACGCCGGAACCGGCUCUCAAUCUUGACCGACGGGUGCCGCGACCUGUUGCGGGACAUGGAGGCGCUGUAUGUGCGCUACGAGAGCCUCGGGACGCGGCAGCAGCGGACGUGGGACCGGACAAAGUGGGCGACGCAGGAGGGCCACGUGUCGCAGUUGAGGGGUCGGUUGGUCAGCUCGACUACGCUCUUGACGGCGUGGAAUGUGGCCGUCAUCAACUCGUCAACAGCACGCAUCAACAAGCGGCUUGACAAGUACAUCGCCGAAGUCCGCGCCGGACUGCGCGAGGGAUCCGUCGUCACGGCGCCCGACGCCGCGCAGAGCAUCGAGUCGCCCGACGUGUGGAGCGAGCUGCGGCGGGAGCUCGAGGAUAUUGGCAUCAGCGCUGCGGUGAUUGAGGAAAAGAAGGAGUACAUAUUAUCUUGGUUCCGGCAGCAGCUUGCCGAGAGCGGGCUGGACGAGGCCUGUGACGAAGCACUCACCCUGGCCUCGUGGAGCCCGGAGAUGGGCGUCCAAGCUGCUGCACCGCUCUGGAGCGACUCCGGGUACGGCGGCAGCGAGACAUGGUCGUCCACUCGAGGGAGCAUCUCGCAGGAAUCGAGCCUAACUGUGGCGAACCAGGCGUUUGAGGAGGAGCUGAAGCGUCAUCGGAUCGAGUGGCCGCCCGACGAGGGAGGAACCCUCCGGCAGACAACAACGUCCAGCACCGGCACCGUCUCGGUCAAGGCCAGGAAACGCUCGACGCCCAUCGGCAUGAUCCGGAAGCUGUUCAAGAACGACACGGAGAUCGUCCAGGCCGCCAGCGACGGCGACGUCGAAAAAGUGGCCAAGCUGAUCAGCCUUGGCAUGGACGUCAACGCGCGCGACCGGUGGGGGUGGUCGGCGCUGAGCAUGUGCGGCUACGGCGGGUACAAGGACAUUGCCAGGCUACUGCUCGAUCACGGCGCCGACUUGGAUAAUGAAGACGUUGAUGGCGACACGCCCACGAGCUUAGCGGCGCAGCGGGGACACACGGAGCUCGUGCUCCUGUUCGACCGGGAGAGGGAGGCUAAGGACCAGAGGGUCAGGGAGAUGGAUAAGGAGGUGCCUAGGAGGUCAGUCCCUCUGUGUUUGGUGGAAUUACUGCUUGCUAACAAUUGUCGUUGGGGUCAUAGGGUUGCGACUUGA